GGAUGGAUUUCCUGCUCGGAGGCUGUGCGGCUACCUGUGCCGGCUUCUUUAGCAAUCCGUUCGACGUGAUCAAGACGCGCCAGCAGUUGCACGGUGAGUUGCUGCAACGCACCGGACAGCCACCUUCACCCGGUGCUUCGGGUACCAACCCGUACAGCUCCGUUGUACGCUCCUUCCGUUCCAUCCUCCGCUCCGAAGGUGUGUUUGGGCUACAGAAAGGUUUAGUAUCGGCCCUUGCCUUUCAGUUCGCGAUGAAUAGCGUCCGGUUGGGCAUUUACCAAACGGCGGAAAAUUGCGAAUGGACCCGAGGUGCAACACCGGCCGCCACGUUGCUUCACUCCAUCGUUUGGGGCGGGCUGAGCGGUGUCGUUGGUUCAACCGUCGCCUGCCCACUGUACAUGGUGAAGACACAGAUACAGGCCCGUUCGCACGGCAAGUAUGCGGUCGGCUAUCAGCAUCGACAUACGAGCACACUGGACGCACUGACCGGGAUCUACCGUACGCACGGGAUACGCGGUUUGUGGCGCGGUUACCCAGGGAUCGUUACCCGUACCGCUGUCGGGUCUUCCGCCCAGCUAGCUACCUUCUCCACCUGCAAGGAUCUGUUUGCGCAGUUCGACUGGGCGCGAGAAUCCGUCGCCAUUACCGCGUUUGCCGCCAGCAUGGUUAGCGGGUUCUUCACGUGCGUCUUCAUGUCACCGUUCGAUGUGAUCGCAACUCGGCUCUUUAAUCAAGGUGUGGAUGCAAAUGGGCGCGGACUACUCUACCGGAGCGUGGUGGACUGCUUCACGAAAACGUUACGUGCCGAGGGCCUGCACGGCCUGUACAAAGGUUUCGUGCCAAACUACUGGCGUAUCGCACCGCACACGAUACUCAACCUAACGUUCUGGGACCAGUUCAAGGCAUGGCGAGAUCUUUACUAUGGCUAGAAGAAACUAAAAAUCGAAGAAUUCUGAGGACACGAUCACACGCUCGAAUGCACGCUCAUUCACCUCAAGUGAAGUAGAACUUCUCACGUUAAAACUCCUUUUUUUGUAACUGACUAAGAUAGAGAUAUCUUGUGUUGUUUUUUUUAUUACCACUGUAUAACUACGCGCAACAUCAUAUGCUACUACUGCUACUACUACUGUUACUUAAAGAUAAAGAGGCAUCGCAAAACUCAAGCAAAUAAACACGAAACUAUAACACAACGAA